GUUUGUUUCUUGAGCCACCGAACCCAGCUGGGGAACGUUGGGGCGGGUCCGUGGGAGAGUGCCAUCCGCCAACAUGGCGAUGGUCGUCGUCGUCGUCUCGAGCCCUCUGCCAAGUCCAGUGCCCGUGCUCGCGCCCCAAGAGUUCGCGUCGCCCGACGACGAGAAGCCCAGCGACUACCACGGCCGUCGCACGAUUUGGCCAGGCUCCAUCUUCUGUCUCGUGCUGCUGGUCGGGAGCGUCGUGUUGCUGACGUACCUCGGCGAGAACGUACACACACGAACCAUCGAACGCGUCCGCGCCAAGCUGCUCGCGGCGGCCGAGCGCAAGCGCAUUGCCAGCAACGGCUCCUCGAUGAACGACUCACUGAUCGACCCGAUCGACGGCCAAGUCGACAACCCCCGCCACUACCCCGCGCGACGGUGCGCAUUGCCAAACUACGUGAGCAGGAACAACGGCAUCUACGCCGAACACGCUGGUACCUCGCAGCGUGUCAGCAUCAAGGGCAUCAACUGGUUUGGCGCCGAGACGGCCGCGGCCAUCCCGAUGGGUCUCUGGGACAAUGGCAUCAAUGGCACUACGGUGAUGGCCAUUACGUCGUUCUUGACCGAGCACAAGUUCAACAGCGUGCGCGUGCCUCUCUGUGUCGAGCAUUUGCUUCGCAACACGGCGCCCGACCCGCGCCUCGUCAAUUUGCAGUCCAACCGCGCGUUUGACAUUGGCAGCUACGUCCGCAUGUUGCAGAGCCUCAUCGUCGCGCUGGGGGCCAGAAACAUCUCGGUGCUCCUCGACCUUCACACACUGACGACAACCGAUAAGGGCGACAACUGGUUCAGCGCGGCCGUGCCCCAAGACGCAGUUCUCUCGGCCGUCGACGUGCUCACAACCCAUUUGUGUGCGCCGCGCUACUGGAACGUCCUCGGGCUCGACCUCAAGAACGAGCCGUGGAAGGCGACGUGGGGCACGGACGAGCCGUCCGACUUUCGCACGGGCGCGACGCUCCUCGGCAACCGCAUGCUCGCGGGCUGUCCGUCCUGGCUCGCGUUUGUCGAAGGCACAUGGGCGUCCCACGACAUUCCCAACCAGUUUUCGUACUUCGACUGGUGGGGCGGCGGCCUUCAAAAAGCCGGCAGUCUUCCGGUCAUUUUGAGCCAAACGAACAAGGUGGUCUAUGCGCCGCACUACUACAACCCGUCCGUCUCCGUCCAGCCGUACAUGUAUGCCAGCGGCACCGUCGACAGCAACGGCGCCCUGCAACGCUACGUCGAGCUCGACGACGCGACGCUGCGAUCGCGCAUUGCCCUUUCGAUGCAACACAUGUUUGGCUACCUCACGUCGACAACGCCGCACGCCGUCGUCCUCGGUGAGUUUGGCGGCUUGUACGGUGGCGACACGCACCCCCAGCGCACGAACCAGCGCGUGACGCAGCUCGUUGUCGCGAUGCUGGCCGAGCCAGCGACGUACGGCUACGCCGGCGGCUACGUCUGGUCGCUGAACCCCGAGAGCGGCUAUGCGUUCUCCGAUGGCGCCACGAUGGGCGCGUUCCACGAAGGCCUCGUCGACGAUACGUGGCUCAAGGCCAACGACGCCUAUCUGCAAGCACUCUCGCCCAUGGACGCGAUGCCGCACUUGUCGCCGUUUCCGUGUUUCGAGCUGCCGGCGGUCGACGAGCCUGUAUGA